AUGGUAUUAGGAACGAGAGGAUGUGGAAAGAGAUCAGAUGACUCUCUUCCCGCCUUGCUGUGCACUAAAAAUAUUCCAGAGCGGCUCUUGAUCUAUCAUGCUGGGACUCCUCGCAUUGUAUUCGUGGGGUUUCUCAAAAUUACCACAAUUUUCCUCUUCACCGCAAGUGUUCUGCUUGUUGCACCUACAUUCUAUCACGACCCGAAACAGCCCGCUUGGGUUGCACCUGCAGUUGCUGCUGCUGGAGCCGUUCCUUUGCUCUAUGUGACAUAUUAUGCUGCUCCAUUUGUGGCUUUUGUCCACAUCAAGCUACCAAUAUUCGCCCGGCGGUCAACAGAGCAUCUCUUGAAUUGGGCACGGAAUAUACCGUCAAAAACGGAAGUUGACUUGACCACCAUCAAGUCGUAUGGAAGUCUCCGCAUUUCCAGGAUGCAAAUUUCAGAGUUGCGUCCUACCAAAGCUCGUUUUGGCAUUGAGAAUUUGAUUCGAGUACCACAUUUCUCUUCAAUCAAGAAGAGGCCAUGGUGGGCGCCCAAGGAGCGGAACCUGUUCUUCGUUGGCAGUGAACGAAGGAAGACGGUUGAGACUGCGGUGUGGCAAAAAGCUCUAGGACAGAUACGGAAUACUCGAGAAAAGUCCAAUGAAGAAGCGCAUAACCGAAAAUAG